AUGACGCCAGUGGCAACCAUUUUAACGAAGAUCAAUCUUCCUUCAAGGCCGCUCUGGGUCGCCUCCCGCGCUUCCACCCCACCUAGCCUGGACCUGCGAUACGCGGUGCCCGCCCGUCCGCAGCCCAAGCGGAUAGAUCCUCGACAACUGAUUCCAACACCGCGCGCUUUGCUUCGAAAACCAAUUCCACCUCUUGGAGGUAAUAAAAAUUUGUCCCGGUUGCCUGAGAGGAGCGGCGCUGGUAAAACUCGGGCUGCGGCGGAGUCUCGCUGUCGCCGGGGCCUCACUCCCCUCUUCGGUGCCGAGGGCCUGGAGCCCGGGCCAGAGCCACGAACCCGCGAACCUGCGUUCGGACGCUUACAGAGGGCUGGGGCCUCGGCGAGUGGUGGGCUGCGAACCCUGGGUGUUUCCUUUAGACUAAAUGCGGCUGGGUGGCUGGAGUGCCGCAGCUUCCUCUCGGCGCCGGUUUUCGCUGGGGCGCACUCCGGACGGGCUGCUGCUGCGGCGGCGGCGGCUGCGGCGGCGGCGGCGGCGGCGGCCUCGGGUUUCGCAUACCCCGGGGCCUCAGAGCGCGCAGGCUCCUCGUCGUCGUCGUCGGCGGCGGCCGUGGCCGCAGCUCGCCCCGAGGCUCCCGCUGCCAAAGAGUGUCCAGCCCCCGCGGCCACCGCGGCCGCUGCAGCGCCCCCGGGCGCCCCAGCACUGGGCUACGGCUACCACUUCGGCAAUGGCUACUAUAGCUGCCGCAUGUCGCAUGGCGUGGGCUUACAGCAGAAUGCUCUCAAAUCGUCGCCGCACGCCUCGCUGGGAGGUUUCCCGGUGGAGAAGUACAUGGACGUGUCUGGCCUGGCCAGCAGCAGUGUACCGGCCAAUGAGGUGCCCUCGCGCGCCAAGGAGGUGUCCUUCUACCAGGGCUACACCAGCCCCUACCAGCAUGUACCCGGCUACAUCGACAUGGUGUCCACCUUCGGCUCUGGGGAGCCUCGACAUGAGGCGUACAUCUCCAUGGAAGGCUACCAGUCCUGGACUCUGGCCAACGGGUGGAACAGCCAGGUGUACUGCGCCAAGGACCAGCCGCAGGGCUCCCACUUUUGGAAAUCAUCCUUUCCAGGGGAUGUGGCUCUAAACCAGCCGGACAUGUGUGUCUACCGCCGGGGGAGGAAAAAGAGGGUGCCCUACACCAAACUGCAGCUCAAAGAACUGGAGAAUGAGUAUGCCAUUAACAAGUUCAUUAACAAGGACAAGCGGCGGCGAAUCUCGGCUGCCACGAACCUAUCCGAGAGACAAGUGACCAUUUGGUUUCAGAACCGAAGAGUGAAGGACAAGAAAAUCGUCUCCAAACUCAAAGACACCGUCUCCUGA